GAAACCUUUUAAUUUACUGAGAUAUUAUCAUUUAAUGUUAGUGGAAUGAUACCUCAUAAAUUAAAUUUAAAAAUAUAUUUUAUUGUUAUACUCAUUGUUAACUUAAAUACUACACAAGCAUUAGUUAAUGGAACAGGAAUGAGACUGAAGUAUUAA